CCCGCCCCGCCCUGCCCCGCCGGAGCGCGCCGGGAGCGCAGCGAUGAGCGGCGCGGAGCGGCCGGAGGGGAAGGAGGCGGCGGAGGCGGCGGCCGUGGGUGAUCCCGGGCGCUCGCUGGCUCCCAGUGAUGCAUCUCCAGAUGAAGGAGUCGUAGAAGAUCUGCCUUUAAUAGAUGAGAAAGCUGUGGAGCAGCUAACUGAAGGAUUGAUUUCCCACUAUCUGCCUGAUCUUCAGCGAUCAAAAUCAGCACUGCAGGAACUUACACAGAACCAAGUGGUACUGCUAGAAACAUUAGAACAAGAAAUUUCAAAAUUCAAAGAUUGUAACUCCAUUGUUCAUAUCAAUGCUUUGUUUUCAGAAGCUAAACACUAUCACAACAAGUUAGUGAAUAUUAGAAAUGAAAUGAUGAUGCUGCAUGAGAAGACAUCAAAGUUAAAAAAAAGAGCACUUAAGCUGCAACAAAAGAGGCAGAAGGAAGAACUGGAACGAGAGCAGCAACGUGAGAAGGAACUUGAAAGAGAGAAACAGUUAACAGCAAAACCUGCAAAGAGGACCUGAAAACAGAGCAUGCAACAACUUGUCUGAAUUAAUGAUUUCUACAUUCACUGGAAUUAAGGCAGACUUUGCUUAAAUUGGGCUAUAGCUGUUGCUAGCAACAGUCUACUCUAUGGUAUUAUAAAUUCCAGAAUGGUAAUAAUAGAGUUGGUAACAUUCACAUUGUUUAAUUUCAGCCAUUCAAGUUGCCUUCUUUUGUAAUGCUAUGCAGUUUGAUAUUACAAUGUAAGUUAAUUUUUAUAUAUAUAUAUAUGUAUAUAGGAGAACUAGACAUCAUAGUUUUAAGUACCUAUCCAUUUUUGUUUUCUUCUGUUCUUUUGGUGUUUAGAAUUCUGAGAGAUUUGAUGACUGGCACAUGUUUUUCAGACAAAAUGCAAAGAACUUCUUAAAGUUCAGUUCUCAUCAUCAGACUUCAGUGGCUGCAUUUUCAUCAAGUAACUUAAGAACAGCAUUAAAGUAACUACUGAAUAAGUUCCCAGCUGAAAUGAUUGGCAAGGGAGAAGCAGAACACUAAAGAUUGCAUUGUGUAUACGUCAAUUUUGACAAAUUAAUUUGUGUUUCCACAAACAUUUAAGUCAAACCAGGAAACUGUUGCUUCUGUAAUGGUUUAUUAGGAAGACUUGUGUGGUCUAAGCAUAUUUUUGUGGCAUUAGAAGUUGUAAUUUCUUUAUUUUAUGUGACAAAAUAAAACAUAACCAAAACUAAAAUUUUCCACUUAAUGUGAAAUUCAGCCACCUGUAGGAAAACUACUGCAUUUAGUGUUUAAAUUAAUUAUUUGCAUUUUGGGGCUAUCUAAGAUUUUUUAUAAGAGAGUCCUCACCCAGAUUGAUGAUUAUUAGAGUGUACUGAUGAGAAAUUUGGAAUGGAGGUUGAUACCCAUUUCUCUGAAUGUAAUUCCUAUCUUGCAGCACUUGGUGUGAUCUCCCAUUCAAAUGAAUGUACAAAUUGUCCAGACUAGUAAAAGAGCUGUAAGUUAUUCCUACAGAGUAACAGACUAGUUACUUUAUAACUGUGUUUCUUUUCAAGUAUAUCUGUGGUUCUUUUUAAGUAAUAAUAUAAAUUAUGUGUUUUGAAGUAAGAUAAAGGGUAAGCUGUGUAAAGUUUUCCAUAAAAUAUGUAUAGGAGUAUAUCACAGGGGCACAGUCAAUUUUACUUUUCCUUCUGUUUUAGAUGACUCACACAGUGUACACCUGCCUGGACUUUCUCUAUUGUAAUUUUCUGAACUCCUAAUUUCCUGUUCUUAAUAUUUAUCUUCUUCUGUGAAAGAUGUACUCUAACAACUACCCAGGCAUCAUACAAGGUAAACUGGGAUAAUGUUUUGGGGCAAGGAGAACAAACUACUUAAAGCAGUCUGAAGAGACACUGAAAUGCUUUUAGUAAAGCAGUAUUAGAUUAAAACUUUCCACAGGUAUUUUUCCCUGAAGUUGACUCAUGGCUAUUAAUUGCCAGUGGAUUGUUGGCCUCUGCUGUGGUUUGUAUGUAUUUCUAAGAGAAAUGUAAAGAAUUUCCACAGUCCAUUCUUUGGAGCAGAAUGUACAUAACUAAAUGUUGUGUAAGUAUUUUAGUUUGUAAUGUAAUUUCACAGUCAGAUUCUGGGAAUUAAAACUGUUCUCGUUAAACUAUAACAUGAAACUGGAUGCCUCAGUAUCCAAAUCAGGAUUGAAUUCCUUUGAUGUUUCUUGAUUUGUAUGCCUCAUAAUCCAGUUUACUUUGUCAAGUCAUAUUCUCUCUCUCUAUCAAAAACUGUGGGUUUUUUCCAAAGAACUGGUUUUGUGGGAUGUUGUUAUGUUUUGUUUCAAAAAACCAUGAUUAUAUUAACUAAAGCUAGAAAAUUCUAAGAAAUUCAUAGGAAUUGAUACUUUUGAAAUUUGGUAUAUUUCAGCAUUUGGAAUAAUUUCCAAUCACAGGAGUAAAAGCUGACAGUGCUUACCUGAGAAAUCACAUGCACAUACAUAAAAAUGUAUUUUAUGAACUUGUCCUAUAAAUGGUAAGAUCAAUGUUUUCUAUUAAUAAGGACCUAAUUUGAUUAAAUUACCUUUCUGUAAUAAAGGGGGGAAAUUAAUAAAAAUAUAUAGGAUGAAGUUUAUUCCAUU